AUUUCUCGAUAACAACCAGGUUUUUUUUUGCAAUAUCAAGAAAUUGAGAUAAGCUUCACUCAUAAUUCUAGCACGUAUAUAAAGAUUACUUCGGUUUAGUCUUAUAAGCACCAUGGAGAGCAAACAAUUGAAGCAAAUAAGCAUUGGGUGGCGUAAUUUAGGCGAAAGUUUGGAAAUAGGAUGGAAUAAAUUGUUGGAUGCAACGAGUGAUGAUCCUAUGUUAUUAUGGGUUUUUGGUUCAACAAUAGUUGUCUUUACUACCUACUGGUUGUAUGCUGCGUUUUUCACUAUAAUGGAUAUUACAAAUCGACCUACAUUUUUGCGUAAAUAUAAAAUACAACCGGGACAAAAUGAACCAGUGGAUCAAAAAAGGCUUAUAAAUGCUAUAAAAGUUGUAUUGAUCAACCAAACAGUUAUAAGCACACCAAUAUUUUAUUUACUUUAUAAGAGUGUACAAUCAUAUCAACAUUUAAUACCAGUACGCGAGCUUCCCACUUUUAAGAAAUUUGUAUUUGAUAUGGCUGUGAUAACCAUUUUGGAGGAAUUUAUGUUUUACUAUGCUCAUCGGUUAUUACAUCACAAAUCUAUUUACAAAUACGUACACAAGAAACAUCACGAAUGGACGGCGCCUAUAGCAGCUAUAACUUUCUAUUGUAACCCAAUUGAGCAUAUUGCAAGUAAUCUUCUUCCGGUGGUCGUCGCAAUAGGUCUAUUAAAAUCCCAUAUAUCAACUGCUUGGUUAUUUACUGCACUAGCAAUUAUUAAUGCUAUGAGUGAUCACACCGGCUAUAGUUUUCCAUUUUCAGCAAAAUCAGUACGCUUUCACGAUUUGCACCAUGAAAAAUUUAAUUACAAUUAUGGUGUAUUUGGAUGGUUGGACAAGUUACAUGGUACUUACAGAGAAUCGUGUCCAAGCAAAUUGGGUGCAAAAUUCAAAAAGCAUAAGCAAUAAAAGUUUGAAAGAUGUUUAUAUGUAGUUAAAUUUAUUUUUUAUUAAAUGGAAACAACUAUUUAAA